CCGGUGUCACUGUACUAGCAAUGUCAUCAGCACGUGACACACACUCUUGAUCAAGACCUUCAGGGCAGUUCCAUUCAGCACUGUGCCUGACACUACUCAGCUGCAGAGACGAACAACCCAAGACUAACCUGGGCAGCACUCAGUCAGGUUAAGGAGUCACAAAGACGGCGAGUGAAACCUGAGAGCAUUAAUAGAUUCAUUUCAGCAACUGAGCAGAAAAUGGCCCAUGCGGAAUUCAAUCUUCAAGUUGCUUCUCAGGAGCUUCAAGGGACUGACAAGAACUAUCUCUGCAAAGGUAAAAUAUUUAAUACAGACUUGUAUAUCAGGAGGAACAUUGCUGAGGUUCUGGGAAUCAUCUGCCUUGUCUUGAUGUCCACUGUGGUAAAAAUAAACGUUAUUCCCUGUAAGUCAGUGUUUGAAUGA